AUGCUCACAGUGGCGUGCUUGAUCCGAGUGCCCACAGAAGUGGUCAAACAGAGAACUCAAGCCUCUCCCUGGUCUACCACCUACAACAUACUGCUGGCUACACUUAAAGAAGAGGGUGUCCGAGGUCUCUACAGAGGAUACUUCAGUACAGUUCUCAGAGAGAUCCCGUUCUCUCUGGUGCAGUUUCCGCUUUGGGAAUAUUUAAAGACGCUGUGGUCGUUGAGGCAAGGUCACACGCUCCACUCUUGGCAGUCUGCAGUGUGCGGAGCUUUUGCAGGUGCGGUGGCGGCGUUUGUCACGACUCCUUUGGACGUAGCAAAGACCAGGAUCAUGCUCGCAAAGGCAGGCUCAGCCACAGCGAGUGGCAACAUCCCGCUGGUGCUCUACGAUGUGUGGAGGAGUAAAGGCCUUCCUGGUCUGUUCGCGGGCAGCGCACCACGGAUGGCCUUCAUCAGCGUGGGCGGUUUCAUCUUCCUAGGAACCUAUGAGAAGGUCCGGCGCACUUUGCUCUAGCAGGACGUCAUGGCAGGUGGUUUGGACCUCUGAUCUCUUUGAAGGGCUGCAGGGAAGACCUCUGAAGACGUGUCUCCAAUGUUCCCUGCAGGACGGGGGGCUGCGUCUUCAUGCAGCCGGGCCAUGAGAAACAGGGAAGAUUUGAAUGGAGCGGACUACAUUACCCAGAGUGCAACAGACUUCUGUAGCAGCACUUGUUAAAAUCAAUCUCACGGUUUUAUUUUGAGAGUAAACGAGUUUUAGUAAUGAAACAUCUCUGACGUACUUUAAGGUAUGUUAACCUUUGGGCUCCACUCUUACAUUUCAUAUGUGUUUUUUGUAUUUUUCGCUCCAUUAAGCCAAGACACCUGUGUCUACGAGCCUCCAGGGAGAUCCAGAAAAAUGUCAUCAUUGUUACAUUCCCACCG